UGCUUGUUUGUGAUGCAGGUGCAACUUGGGGGAGGGGGAGCGGGAGUAAACUCUCCCCACGUGACAGUCCAGAUCAGGUGGUUGGUCAGCCUACGCGCAGGAGCUAUGAUUGGCUGACUGUAAUACGAACGACGCCACUAGAGGCGGGCCAAAGACCAGCGCAAGCGCAGAGCGUUGCGAGUCUCGGGACCCCUGUGGGAGAGACUAUGGCGCUCAACAAGAAUCACUCAGAGGGCGGCGGAGUGAUCGUCAACAACACUGAGAGCAUCCUAAUGUCCUAUGAUCAUGUGGAACUUACAUUCAACGACAUGAGGAAUGUGCCAGAGGCCUUCAAAGGGACCAAGAAAGGCACUGUGUACCUUACUCCAUACCGGGUCAUCUUCCUGUCGAAGGGGAAGGACGCCAUGCAGUCUUUCAUGAUGCCCUUCUACCUGAUGAAGGACUGUGAGAUCAAGCAGCCGGUGUUUGGUGCGAACUUCAUUAAGGGAACAGUGAAGGCUGAAGCUGGAGGUGGCUGGGAAGGCUCCGCCUCCUACAAGCUGGCCUUCACAGCAGGGGGUGCCAUUGAAUUUGGGCAACGGAUGCUCCAGGUGGCAUCUCAAGCCUCCAGAGGUGAAGUCCCCAAUGGAGCCUAUGGGUACCCUUACAUGCCCAGCGGGGCCUAUGUCUUUCCCCCGCCAGUCGCCAAUGGAAUGUACCCCUGCCCUCCUGGCUACCCCUAUCCACCGCCCCCACCCGAGUUCUACCCAGGACCUCCCAUGAUGGAUGGAGCCAUGGGCUACGUACAGCCCCCGCCACCACCCUAUCCUGGGCCCAUGGAACCUCCAGUCAGCGGCCCCAGUGCCCCCCCUACUCCUGCAGCUGAGGCCAAGGCUGCAGAAGCCGCUGCCAGCGCCUAUUACAACCCGGGCAACCCACACAAUGUCUACAUGCCCACGAGCCAGCCUCCGCCACCACCCUACUACCCCCCAGAAGAC